UGUCAUGUGAUUUGUGUCAGGAUGGAGGUAAGAAUGUUUACGUGAAAGAGGAACACGCAUCCGCGAAAAAGAAAACGAUAAUGUCCAAAUUCUAUUUGAAUUGUUCUCUCAUUUGACGACAAGUCGACAGCUGAGUAUAUACAACUGUAAAUAGCUAAAUUACAUAUGAGAUCGUAUCAGUUGUAAGGCAUCUGCAUCAAAUUCGACAUGAUUAUGAUAAAUAUGUUGCACAGAUCUGAAACUCGAGAUAACUGUGCAUUAGAAGUUGCUCUCAUCCCGGAGAGCAACCUCUGUGAAAAUGUUGUGGACACAGCAAAAGCUAAAAUGGCCCAAGGCUGCUCCUUGCUCUGCUGCUUGAGUGGUGCUGGGGUGCUGACAGUCGGCGACAUUUCAGAGAGCAAGGCACCGGGGAGAACGGUGGAUGGCACAUAUACAGACUUUGCCUGGGAGGAGGUGACAGUUUACAAUGGAGCCCGUGGCAACUCUAGACUUCUGGCUGUGAGCUCUGAGUGUGAGCUGACACUGUAUGAACUGGAAGCAGAGGGCCCUACCUCUGGCCCUCUUGUCUCUGCCUCUGAGUUCACAGCAGAGAAGCUACUGCAGCUGGUCAAGGAGAAAGCCCAGAGUGUGGCUGAGGUGGUGUCCUUGAGGCUGCUGUCCUUUGUGGAUGCCAGAAGCUUUCUCCUGCUCAACUCCAGUGUUGUGGUGCAGCUGCAGUGGCAGCAGGGGGCUGAACCGGUGACCCUGACCUGCUGCAGCAUCGUUCUGCCCCCAAAGGCCCCCCUGGACACAUGCACUGACUACCAGCUCUGCAGAUGCAUACUCUUUGUGUUGACCACAGCUGGAGUCAUAUAUGUGUUUGACAGUGCUGAGGGGAGGAAGCUGGCCAGUGUAGACCUGCCCUCGUACCACACUGCUGGGCUGGGGGAAGAUGAGCCGGCCCCCUACCUGGACUCCUUCUGUCUCCUCCAGGUGUCUCCUAACCUGGGUACUGCUGUUGCUGCCACUCAGUCUAACACUGCCUUUGCUGUCGACCUCAACCACUACUUCAGGAUGUACCCAGAGCAUCUGAUGUGUCGAGUGGUCCCCAGUCGCCCUCCCCUCAGGCCCCAGGGUCCCUGUGACGAGGACAGCCUCUCCAGCUCCAUCUACAGCCACACUGUGCUGGGCACCUCCUUCAGCACUGACCGGUCCUGGGAAGCUAGGCUGACUUCUCUGUACAACAAGGCCAAGGCUACCCCUCCCUCUUCUCCUCAGACUCUGGGGGCUCCUUGGUUUAAGGAUUUCCCCCACAUCGAGUGUGGGCGGGCAGCUAUCGCUGCCAAGCUCUCCCAGAGCAGAGUCCCAUCAGGGGGAGCCACCAUGCAAUUCUCUGUGCCUGACACAACUGCCCCAGUGCUGCUCUCAGUCUCUGAAUUCUCCACUGUGUUGACCUUUGUCUCCCCUGGCAACAGCGAGACAACUGUGGCCUUCUGGGAUCUGCAGUCCCAGAGUGUUACCUACCACCGGCCCACCUCGCCCACCGUGCCUAUCCAGCGUACCGCAGAGGAGCAGCUCAGCCUGCUUCUGAAGACGUCAGGCCUGUCCCUGGUGCUGUUUGCUGUGUCACAGGAGGAGCUGCUCAACAGACUAAUGGUAUUUGGCAGUGCUGGCACAGUGGACUCUCUGUGCCACCUUAAUGAAUGGGGCCGCUGCGCCAUACCCAUUCACGCGUUGCAGGCUGGUCUAAAGAACCACCAGUUGGACACAGUGGACUUCUUCCUGAAGAGCAAAAAUAACGUCCUGACUCCACCCUCUGGGUAUAUUCUCCCUGACCAAUCAGCUGCCAUCACAACCCAGAGCCAGCUGAAGAAUGUCCAGGAUCUGUGUCCGGCUCUGGACCUUCUGCGUUGUGCCAUCAGAGACAAUCAUACUGAGGCCCAGAGCCGACAAUUUUCAGAACAGCUGCUCAGCAUCACCCUGGCCUUCCUCAACACACAAGUCAGGGCUGUCCUCUCCGCCACAGAGGAGCUGGAUGAGAACCUGCAGGAGUGUGUGGAGAUCUUGGAUAGUUACGUCUCGGAUCUGCGUACCUUCAUGAAGAGGUUUCCCUGGCCAACAGGUGGCGACACUUCCACCCUUGUCCCAUCCCCCAUACCUGUACCUGAAGAGGUGGAGAAUGAUGACUGGAGUUCCCUCUCUUCUGAGGAGGUGGUCGAGCGGGCAGUGCUGACCAAGCAGAUUCCCCGAGCCCAGGCCUAUCUGAGGAGCCAGAACAGCCCAGAUCAGCGGCUGGAGAAGUUGAGGAGUACGGGGCUGCGUCUGGCCUUCAACUGCCUCACACACAAAGACCUGGAGCAGGCCACUGCACUGCUCAGGAACAUGGGUUUCAACGUAAAGAAGCAACUGCAUAACAUAUGCCUCUACACAGAUGACCGGGACCUAAGGGACUUUGUGGUGGAGGAGUUGUCAAAGCAGAGCUAUUUGUCUGAUGAAGAGACACAGAGGGUGGAAUUCAUCAAACAGAUUGAGGCUUUGUGUGCGGUGCCUGAGACGCGCUGCACAGACCCUGUGGGCAGACAACGGGUUCCUCAGAUGUCCCAGACAGACCCAGGGUCUAAGAGUCUGCUGGAAGAGCUGGUAGACCAGAGAGGCUCCCAGUCAGAACAGACACUGUGGAGCUCACUCCGUCUGGACUGGGUCAGACAUUGGGACCACAACACCCAGCGAGCCAUCCUGCUGUCACGCCUACAAGACUCGGCUGUCAGUUCCUGUGACCCGGGGGUCCUGUGGUCAUACCUCACCUCCCACCAUGACCAGCGGAGGGUCACCGAAUGGAUUGAGAGCCUAGCCGCCCAGAAUGGUGACCCUUCCAGCGCCCCACAGUGGCCCGCCCUCACGGCAGAGGUGGUCAACAACAACACCCGGUGCAGCGCCCACAUGAGGAACCACAUCCUCUACAUGUUGGCCAGGAGAGGAGUGUUCAUCCAGGCCGAGAUGGCUGAUUUUGAGCAGCUGUUGUGGAGGCUGGGCCAGGCAGGUGGGGUGAUGCAGGCCAGCCCACCCAUUCCCCAGUACCGCUCCCCUCAAGGACACGACUUACACACACGCUUCAUCCACCACUGCCUGGACAAUGGCCUUUGCUACCUGCUCUACACCUACCUGGAGCACAACAGGUUGACACCCAGGAAUUGCCCUGCUCUAGCUGAUAAUGGUCUAUAUGAAAGUCACCCGUGGUUUGAAAUGCUGGUGAAAAUGCAAGAGAUUACCAGAGACCUCUCAGAUCCAGAACGCGUGUUCCAGGCCAGUCUGACCAGUGCCCAGGUCCUCAUCCCAGGCAGCCAGGCCAUGGUUAGCAGCAUGCUCCUGGAAGGACACAGUCUUCUGGCCCUCGCUACCAUCAUGUUUGCCCCGGGUGGCAUCGACCAGGUGGUGAGUCAGGGGGAGAGGGUUCGGAGCUCUGUGUCUAGGGUGGACCCCCAGCUACUGAAGAUGGCCCUGAGCCCCUACCCCAAGCUCAAGGCAGCGCUCUUCCCUGUGAGCGGACCACGAGGGACCACCGCCACCACAUCCGAUAUCUCCGUCUACCACCUCAUGCAGUCUUUACAUCCAUUGGAUCCAUCUCGACUGUUUGGGUGGCAGUCUGCCAAUACACUAGGCUCCACCGAGACCUCAGUGGAGCUGCCCCAUUUCUCUAGUCCUCACCUCGUCAGUAAAUACGCCCUCAUUGAGAACCUCGACUUCCUGUACUAUCUGCGUCACGGACGACCAUCGUUCGCCUACGGAACGUUUCUCGUCCAACAGCUAGCCAACUCCAACGAAGUGAAGUCACAGCUCAGUCAUGCGGCGCAGCAGGCCUACAGCCUGGCCAUGCUGCAUUUCAGCGUUCCCUCUGUGGCAGCUGCAUGUGUGUGUUUCUGCGAGCUCCUGGGUGUGUGUAGCCUAAAGCUCCGGGUGGACCUCAAAGCCCUCAGUCUGAUCCUCCGACUCCGGACCCAGAGGCCUGGAGGGACCAGCACAUUCUCCCUUAAAGACUUACUGGCUGCUAAAGGCAGUAAGCUGGUGGCGGUGGAGAGGGAGACAGCGGAAGAGCUGCUCUUUGACUUGGAGGAAGCCGUGAAGGACAGUUUGGAGAGGAAGGGCACCAGCAGGUCAUCCUAUGAGGCAGGUCAGGAGUGGGCUCUGCCCAUACAGUUUUGCCAGCUACAUGCCCUGCCCCUGAGCAGUGUGUACCCGCAGGACUGUGCAGCCGACAGCCAGUGGCUACACUUCCUGCUCUUUGUCCAGCUGCACACCUACCCCCCUCAGCAGGUGAGGUCCAUGGCGACCCAGUUCAGCCCAGCCCUGCAGGCCCACCUGACCUUGGCCUUCCAGAACCUGCAGCUCAGCUCUCAGUGGAGGGUGGGGGAGGUGGAAGACAGGGAGGCCCAGGGUCAAAUCACCCUGCCCAGCGAGGAAGCCUCCGACCCCCCCAAGGAGCUGUUCCAUGUGCUGCUGCAGAGCCAGGAGCAGGCCAGUCCCUGGAGACACCUCCUGGGGGAGGCCCUGGCACAGCACUGCCCCACGCUCACCAUACUAGCUGCCUGUCAUCAGGAAGCCGACCUGCUCCAGUGCCUCUGCGUUUGGGUCCUGACCUCUGUGGGUGAGGUCAUUGCCACAGAGGCUACCGCCCACCUGGAAGAGAGCCCGCAACAUCAUGAGUGGAACCUCCACGACCUGUCAAUCAUCUGGAAGACACUGCUGAGGAAAUGCAGGGUCAGGCCUCUCAUACGAGGCUUCCAGCUCUUCCAGAGGGACUCUCCCCUGAUCCAUGUGCUGCUCAUGUACGAGCUGUGCUACGACUACAAAAACUACCCUGAAGCCAAGAAGAAACUCAUUGAGUUCCAGAAAUGCCUGAUCACGCUGAGGAGCAGUGGUGCUCAUGCGCCAGCGGGCAUCCCUCUCCAGUGGGUGGAGUGCCAGGCCUCAGUCCUCCUGUUGACCAUGAUGCAACAGUGCUCCACACAAUACGAGCUGCGCAGACUACUGCAGCUGCUCGCAGACAUGGAGCGCCUGCUCAAGUCUAACGGCCCGGACUUCAAGAAGCUCAGCUUCCUCAGCCAGGUUCUCCAGGGCACCUCGGUGUCUCUCUCUCCCAGGCUGCUUGAGAGCUAUUCCCCUGACAUCCUGCAGGGAGAGUGCCAGAACAUGUUGGAGAAGCUGCAAGACAGCGGGCUGUUCCACAAGGCCCGCCAGGUGGCCGAGCUGGCAGGGUUGCCCAUUGACAGCCUGGUCAUCAACGAGUUACUCCAAGACCUCGGUGCCCUGAAGGCCAAGCGGCACUGGGAGAGGAGGGAGACCCGGGUGUCCUUCUGGAGAAAAUGCCACGAGCAGUUCAGGACUAACAGCACUGGUCCUGGGGCCGCCUCGGAGUUCUUCCUGGCCCAGGCAGGUGCUUCUGAGCCUCCCCGGGGCUCCGUGGCUGGGACAGAGCUGCUGUGUGUCCAGGAGAGGUGCCUUCUCCUCAGCCUGGCCGGCCACUGGCUGGCCUGGCUCGCUCAAGCUCCCCUGGCACAUCUCGAGGACCUGGAGAAGCAGCUGUGGACAAGCCGAGUGCGCCAGCAAGUCCUGCUCACCGCCAUGGAAAAGGAGAGCAUGUUCGCCCUCCCGGCGCCCACCAUAGCCCCCGAGGAAAACUCCUACGAGGCCCUGAUCAGGGAGUUCUCCUUCUCCAAGAUGGCAGUGCUCAACGAGCCCAGGUACCUAAGCUUGGACGGCCUGCCCAGCUUCUCCCCUGAGGAAGAGGGUGGGGAGAAGACUGGGUCGGAGGAGCAGGGUGCUCUGGCUAUCCUGGUGGGGCAGCUGUUGGACGAAGGGUGUAUCCACGAAGCAAGCCGUGUGUGCCGCUACUUCUCCUUCUGCUCCCGGGACAUGUGGGUAGUGCUGCACUGCCGAGGACUGGCCUCAGGCGAGCUCCACGCUGGCCUGCAGGACAUGCUCACCUUUGAGGGCCUGCCCAAGAAGAUCAUUCCCAGCUCAACCAGCUUUAGCAGCCUGUCCUCCUUUGUGAUGGUGCCCUCCCCAGAGGAUCAAACCGUGACUCAGCUCCAGAUGCUGGUGGACAAAUGUCGCCGCGGAAAGAGCUACUGCAAGCAGGUCCUGAGUCUCUACGAGCUCUCCAAGGAGCUGCAGUGUUCAUACAGUGAGAUCUCAGCUGAGGAGCCUCAGGCGGUGCUGUGUAAGGUGCUACUGUCCCAGCAGCCGGAGCGCUAUAAGAAGGCCCAGGCCUUCAUCAGUGUGCAGGGCCUGCAGCCUGACACCGUGUCCCAGCUUGUAUCCACCGCCGUGGUCCAGGGCCUGUUGGCCUCUGCACAGGAUGGAGAGACUGCAGAGAAGCAGAUGUUCAGUCCAGAGGAAGGGAGAGAGUCCUUCUUGCAGCUGGCCAAGCUGUGUGGGGACCCCAACCUGGUGGGCAUCAAACUGCUGGACCACAUCCCCACUGUGCCACUGGGAGAGCUCGGCUGCACGGUGGAGCUGUUGAUCCUGGCCCACGACUGCUUCAGUCUGACCUGUAACAUGGAGGGCAUAGUGAGGGUGCUGCAGGCUGCCCGCCACCUCAGCCAUGCACACCUGGCCCACAGCGAACACUACGGCCUGCUGGUGCGUCUCCUAACUGGCAUCGGCAGAUACAAUGACAUGACCUACAUCUUCGACCUGCUCAACCAGAACCACCGCUUCGAGAUGCUGCUCAGGAAAAAAGUAGAGUCUGUAACGAGUGGAGGACAGAGGAGCCUUUUAAAGAAAAAGUUACAGAACUUCCGGCUGAAGACGGCCCUGCUGGACUACAUCAAGCGGUGUUUGCCGGGCGACAGUGAGAAGUACAACAUGGUGGCCCUGUGCUUCAGCAUGUGCAGAGAGAUAGGAGAGAACCACGAGGGAGCCGCCCGCACCCAACUCAAACUGAUCGAGUCCCAGCCUUGGGCAGUGACCCCUGAACUCAGAAGUGCCUUGAUAAAGGUUCUUACUCUCCUGAAGGAUGCUGCAGAGAGCUAUUCUAAGGACUCGUGUGUACGCCAGGCAGCACGUUGUGUCAAAAUGGCAAAGCUGACCACACUCCAGCUCCACUUCCUGAACCACGGUCAAGACCAACGUGUCAUCAACCUGCGCCAAUCAGAUCUCCUUGGUGCCAUAGUGGCACUGCCCCGCUGUUACCAGGCUUUUGUGUUGUCGGAGGCCUACGACUACAGUCCAGACUGGGCGGAGGUGCUCUACCAGAAGGUCAUCCUCAGUGGAGACUUUGCUUACCUAGAGGAGUUCCGACUUCACAGGCCACUACCCGCCUGCCUGUUUGAAGACAUAUCCCAAAAAUUGACUCACAACACGCCUCCGAGCAGUGCGGGACAAAACCUGAAGAGACUAUUGCAACACUGUGAUGACGUUUACACCUACUACAAGCUUGCGUAUGAACAUAAGUUCUUCGACGUGGCCAACAUGUUACUUCAGGACUCCAAAACAAGCAGUUACCUAAACGACAGGCUAGGUACUAGGUAGCUGAUUCGAAACGGCACUGCCCCUGUCAAAUACCUCCAAAUAUGCAUGUGGAAUUUUUUACAAACUCUUUUCUAUAACAUCUUUCAUGGAGAUGAAUAGUUUCACGAAAUAAUGUUUUAUUUUCUCCAUGCAAAAUCACUGACUAACUGAAUAAAUCUCGCAUUGGUUGAA